UGGGAGUGGAUCCUGUCCUCUGUGCUUUCAGGAAAUUGCACAUCGGAGUCUGAAAAGAUCAAUAAAGCUGCAAAACGGACCCAAACUUCACAGGAAACAACCGACUGACAGAUUGCGCUGGUGUGACGGUGUGAUCUGGGCCUGGUGUGUGUCAGGGGGCUAUGGUGAGGCGAUGUGCACCGGCGGGCGUGAGGAGAGAUGUACCAGCAGAGGAGGACGGCGGAGAGGUAAAGGACUGGAUCUGUACGUGUCGCUCUUGUUCUCGGCCCUGUGGGCUCAGGUGUCCCCGCAGUGCCCGGACAGCUGCCACUGCGCGUGGGACACGGCCACCGUGCUGUGCUCGGACGCCGGCCUGCGGGAGAUCCCGGAGGGCAUCCCGCCGGAAACCGUGUCCCUCCACCUGGAGCGCAACUACAUCCGGAGCAUCCCAGAGAGUGCCUUCAGUGACCUGGUCCACCUGCGGGACUUGUACCUGUCGCACAAUCGCAUCGACUCGCUCGCCACGGGGGCACUGCGGCACCUGGGCCCCGAGCUGCGCCUGCUGGACCUCUCCCACAACCAGCUGAGGCAGGCCAGCCGGGAGGAGUUUGGCCCCACUCGUGCGAAAACGCGCCUGUACCACAACCCCUGGCACUGCGACUGCGCCCUGCAGGAGCUGAUGGAGGCUCUGAACCUGGAGCCCGAGACCGUCAACGGGAUUAUCUGCGAGAGCUCGGUGCGAGGCGUCGGCGAGGGCAGCCGGUGGGAGGACCCCGGCUCGCUGGGCGAGCACGCCGGUCAGCCGCUGGUCAAACUGCUGGAUUCUGGGGUGAACUUCUGCAGCCUGCAGAGGAAGACCACGGACAUCGCCAUGCUGGUGACCAUGUUCGUGUGGUUCUUCAUGGUCAUCGUGUAUGUGGUGUACUACGUGAGGCAGAACCAGGCCGAGGCCCGCAGGCAUUUGGAGUACCUGAAGAGUUUACCCAGCCCACGCAAGACCCCCACUGAGACAGACACUCUCAGCACCGGUUUCUGAACAUGGGCUCGGCUGCCAUUCAGUGGACCAAUCAAACGCCAUUU